AUGCCUCAUGAAAUCACGACACAAGAAGCAGAUAAGAAUCUGUAUGUUUAUCGGAUUCUGCGUGAGCAGAUUCUGGUCGGCUCCAUCCCGCCCGGAACCAAAAUCAAACAGAAUGAACUGGCACAGAAACUUGCUGUGAGCCGUACUCCUCUGAUCAACGCAUUACACAAACUGGAGUCGGACGGGCUGGUAGAUAAAGUGCCCAACGUUGGCUUCUUCGUUCAUAAGAUGAGUAUUAAAGAACUGCUGAAUGUUUUUGCGCUCUCCGUUGGCCUGCAUGUCGCCGUAAUGAGCCAGCUGCGCGAAAAAGAUAUUCAGGAUUCAGAUGUGGAGGCCCUGAAAGCCACUAUGCUCCACUACACGCAGCUGGGGCCAGGCGAGGAAAUUGACUCUUAUGAAUACCAGAAAAGCAACUGCCAGUUCCAUGAACGGCUAUUGCAGCUGGGCUCCAACCAGCUGAUUUCCAGAAUCAACGAGCAGUUCCAGGUCUUUAACCGGGUUUCCCUGGGAGGUCUGCUGCGACCACCAGCAGAAACCCUGCCCGAGCAUAUGGCCAUGGUGCAGGCUCUGGAGCAGAGGCAGCUGGAUGAUUUAUGUCUGCUGGCCUGGGAACAUGAACGAAAGAGCUGCCAGGUCAUCGCCGAAUUAAUGGAAAAACUGCAAAACCUGAACCUGCAGGUAGACGAGCUGUAUGUCUGCGACUUUUUCCCCGCGCCAGCUGCCACUGGCGAGGCGGCUCCCGGCCGGAGUUGA